GCCAGCUGGAUGUCUUUUGGCAUAAUGGUGACUCUUUUGGCGUGGAUUGCACACAAGUUGGAGUCUUCAACUCCCACUGGUGGGAAAGCCCUCCGGAAGCAACUGACCACCAAAGCAGCCAGGAAAAGUGCGCCCUCUACUGGGGGAGUGAAGAAACCUCAUCGUUACAGGCCUGGCACCGUGGCCCUUCGAGAGAUCCGGCGGUACCAGAAAUCCACUGAGCUGCUGAUUCGCAAACUCCCGUUCCAGCGUCUGGUCCGUGAAAUCGCUCAGGACUUCAAGACAGAUCUGCGGUUCCAGAGUGCUGCUAUCGGAGCCCUGCAGGAAGCCAGUGAGGCUUAUCUCGUGGGUCUCUUUGAAGACACCAACUUGUGUGCAAUCCACGCCAAAAGAGUCACCAUUAUGCCAAAAGACAUCCAGCUGGCACGUCAUAUCCGCGGCGAGCGGGCUUAACUCGUUGGCGGCUGAUAUCCGCUCACACAGUGUAUUAGAGUAGACUCUAGGUUUGUUUGUUUUUUUUCUACUCCUGUUUGUAGUGGCUAGGACACGGGGAGAUGUUAUAAACCUAUCUUAGUAAGAUGUAAGCGAUCAAGAGAGUUGAAUCCGUUUGUUCAUAAUGUACAAGAAAAAAAAAAUU